AUGGCCGGUCCCGGGACGGAGGCGGCGCCGGCGGUGGUGCCCGUGUCGGUGUCGGGGCCGCUCCUGCAGCCACCGGCUCUGGCGGGGCAGCGCCGGGGCCGCUCCCGUUGCCGAAGGGGUGGCGGAGCCGGCCGCCAGCCUCCCGUGACGCAGGGCAGCGCUCCCCGCUCCGCCGCCCGGUUCGCGGCGGGGAGCGGCCCGGCCCGGCCCGGCCAGCCGCACGCUGCCCUCUGCAGGCAGCUGGCCCCGGGGGCACGAGUCCCCGCCCGCGGGGGCUGCGGCCGCUCUCUCGUCCCUGCCGGGACGUGCCCCUCGCCCGUGCCCGGCACGGGACGAGCGGGCUCCUACAAGCCCCGCGGCGGCCCCGGGCAGGCCGAGCGCCGGCAGCGCCUCCUCCGCAUCCAGAGAGAGAGGCGGCUGGACUACGUGAACCAUGCCAGGAGGCUGGCGGAGGACGACUGGGCAGGGGUGGAGAGCGAGGACGCGGACGAGGAAGGGGAAGAUGCGGAGGAAGAGGCGAUGGACGUGGAUGCUGGCAAGAAGCUGCCCAAGCGCUACGCCAAUCAGCUGAUGCUGUCGGAGUGGCUGGUGGAUGUCCCCUCAGAUCUGGAGCAGGAGUGGGUUGUGGUGGUGUGUCCCGUCGGGAAAAGGGCUCUUGUCGUGGCCUCCAGGGGCACAACAGCAGCUUACACCAAGAGUGGCUUCUGCGUCAACAGGUUCCCAUCCCUGCUGCCAGGAGGAAACUGGCACAACUCAACCAGUGACAAAGUGUACAGCAUCCUGGACUGCAUCUACAGCGAGGCCAAGCAGACCUACUACAUCCUGGACGUGAUGUGCUGGAGAGGACACCCUGUUUAUGACUGCCAGACUGACUUCAGAUUCUUCUGGCUCUCCUCAAAAAUCCAAGAGGAGGAAGGGCUGGGAGAGAAAAGCAGGAUUAAUCCGUACAAAUUCGUGGGCCUGCAGAACUUCCCCUGCUCCUCGGACAGCCUGUGUGAGCUGCUGGCUACAGACUUUCCCUUUGAGGUUGACGGGCUGCUCUUCUACCACAAGCAAACCCACUACACCCCUGGCAGCACCCCGCUGGUGGGCUGGCUCCGGCCCUACAUGGUCCCCGAGAUCCUGGGGCUCACUGUGCCUGCCACCGUGCUCACGGCCAAGCCGGACUACGCCGGGCGGCAGCUCCAGCAGAUCAUCGAGAGCAAGAGGAGUAAAAAGCUGGCGGCGGAAAAGGGCCACCCCGGCGGCGAGGCGGCCGCGAGGAACGGACACUACGAGCUGGAACACUUGUCCACUCCUCAGCCAGAAAAGUCUCCGGAGGGCCGGGAUGGAGCAGUGAGCCAGAUGGAGAGUUGAGCUGCUGGGACAGGCCAGCUGGGCAGAGAGCAGGGAAAAGGCUCCCUGCUUCUUCUCACUGUGCCUCGUGCUCCUGAGAGGGGGCAGAGUAAUGAUGAUAGGAUGGCUUUGUUUAAAGGGCAUGACAGUGGAAUAUCUUGCCCCAGGUGCUGCUGGAUUUUUGUAUUUGUUGUUACUAUGUACUCUUUGCCAGGACUCCUGUGAGGCCUUAACAGUCUGGUUCUCACUAAAGCAGUCAUGUGUUGGGAAAUUAUCUGUCCCCAUAGCGCAGGGAUACAGUUCAGCUCCUGACCCUGCUUCUGUUAGAGUCUUGGCAAAACUCCAGCAUAGGAACACUGCUUGGACCUCUGAGGUGCAGCUGCUGCAUGUGACCCUUGCAGCAGUCCCACCUUCCCAGCCCUUCCCAGGAUUGGGGCUUCUCAGCCUUUGAUCCAGCUGUUUUCUGAGACCUUUCCAAUUAAAGUUGUUACUAACAAAAAGUUUGCAGUGAGCUGCUGUAAGUCCAAAGGCUGGACUUUCCACACCCACGCGUUCUUGGGAAAAUUUAAAUUUCCCUGUGUUGCAGCAGGACCUGCCUCAGAGCAGGGCUUUGUGCCGCACAAGCACGGCAGAAGCCUCUCUCUCCUCGAGGCUUUUCUCAGUGGGGAGAGGAAGGAAUGGCUUCUCUCUGAAAAACGCUACCAUUGAUCGUGCCAAAUAAAAGGUUUCUCAGAAA